AUGGAGCCACAGCUGGAGAACCAGAGUCAGUCUUUCAACAGCAGCAGCACGGCGCGGCUCCCGGCCAAACUUACCACUGAGAUGGGGGUCGAUAACUUCAUUUCCCUUCUGAUUUUCGGACUUAUUUUCAUCCUGGGUGUGCUGGGGAACACGCUGGUGAUCACCGUGCUGGCGCGCAGCAAGCCCGGACAGCCGAGGAGCACCACCAACAUCUUCAUCCUCAACCUGAGCGUGGCGGACCUGUCCUACCUCCUCUUCUGCGUCCCCUUCCAGUCCACCAUCUACAUGCUGCCCACCUGGGUGCUCGGCGCGUUCAUCUGCAAGUUCAUUCACUACUUCUUCACCGUGUCGAUGCUGGUCAGCAUCUUCACCCUGUCCGCGAUGUCCGUGGACCGGUACGUGGCCAUCGUCCACGCCAGGAAGUCCUCGUCCAUCCGGGUGGCGCGCCACGCGCUGCUCGGAGUGGUGCUGAUCUGGAUCCUGUCCCUGGUCAUGGCAGCGCCCGUUGCGCACUACCAGAGCAUCGUGGAGAAGGACAACAACACCUUCUGCUGGGAGGUCUGGCCAGGCCAGAAGAGGAAAGUGUACGUGAUGUGCACCUUCGUGUUUGGAUACCUCCUGCCUCUUAUUCUGAUUUCCGUCUGCUAUGCAAAGGUUUUAAACCAUCUACACAAGAAGCUGAAGAAUGUCUCCAAAAAGUCAGAGCUCUGCAAAAAGAAGACGGCUCAGACUGUCCUUGUGGUGGUCGUGGUCUUCUGCCUCUCCUGGCUGCCUCAUCACAUCGUCCACCUGUGGGUGGAGUUUGGCUCCUUCCCUCUCACCCAGGCGUCCUUCGUCUUCAGGAUGGUGGCUCACUGUUUGGCCUACAGCAACUCCUCCGUCAACCCCAUCAUCUACGCCUUCCUGUCUGAGAAUUUCAGGAACUCCUACAAACAGGUGUUCUGGUGCCGGGCCCCCAGCGAGUGUCCCCUCAACGACACUAGAGACCAUCGCAGCAAGAUGGAGACGGCACCCUCCACUCACAUCAGCAUGACCUUUAAAGGUCACGACUCUCAGAUCAGCAAAAUGCUUUGA